CAAGUGAAUUAUAUUAUAUAGAGAAAUAUGAUUGAUAAAGAACGUAGUAAAAAAUAAUAAUAUAGGUAGUAUCUCACAAAGCAACUAAGGGCAAAUCAGAAAAAACAGCUAGCUGUGCUAUUAUAUUUUCAUAAGCAUUGCCACACAAUUCACAGCAACUAAAGUUGGUUGAUAAUAUCAAGUGUUUAACAGUUCUUAAUAAGUUUAAAUAUGACAACAUUAACGUCGAAAAUUAAACACAGUGUUCAUUGUUGUGCCUUUUUUGUACUUUUCGCAUUUUAUUAUGUGAUCAUGGUGUUACCAAUUACAAAUAUCGAUCCCUGGAAAGAGUAUGGUUAUGUGCAAUCCAUAGUUCUCUACAUAUUAAGCUGUAUAUAUCUAAUAAGUGUCCCCCAAAUGUUAGUUAUGGCAAUGGGACUGUUGUAUUUUAAUCAAUUUCCAGAUAAGGAAACUUUAAAUGGAUCUCUACCGCUAGCACCCUUUUUGUGUUUUCGUGUUGUUACAAGAGGAAGUUAUCCCGAUCUGGUGAAAGAUAAUGUUAAACGUAAUUUUAAACAAUGUGAAGCACUUGGUUUAGAGAACUUUAUAUUUGAAGUCGUUACAGAUAAUCCUAUUGGUAUUAUCGAAGAAAAUAAAAUAAGAGAAAUUAUUGUUCCAAGUGAAUAUCGAACCGCAACUGGUGUUCUUUAUAAGGCAAGAGCUUUACAAUAUGCUUUAGAAGAUAAAGUUAAUGUCCUACAGAAUGACGAUUGGAUCGUUCAUUUAGAUGAAGAAACAUUGCUUACUGAAAGCUCAAUUAUAGGUAUCGUAAAUUUUGUUCUAAACGGAGAACACCAAAUUGGACAAGGAGCCAUAUCUUACGUCGAUGACGAAAUUGUUAAUAUAUUAACUACUUUAUUGGACAGCUUCCGCAUCACUGACGACUUUGGAUCUUUACAGUUUCAACUGAGAGUUUUGCAUAGGCCUAUUUUUUCUAUUAAAGGAUCAUUCCUGGUUGUGCAGAACAGCGUUGAAAGAGAAGUGUCAUUUGAUCAUGGUAUUGAAAGUUGCAUUGCCGAAGACAACUUCUUCGCAACUACGGCUGCCGGAAAAGGUUAUAAAUUUAACUUCAUUCAAGGCCUAAUGGUUGAAAAAUCAGCAUUUACUCUUAGUGACUUCAUAAAGCAAAGAACACGUUGGAGCCAGGGACUGCUUUUACUUCUUAAAUCUUCGAGAAUCUCACCAAAGAACAAGUUGAUGUUAUACUUUUCAUCUUUUCCUGUUUUUGCAGCACCUUUAAUACUAGUUUCUUGUUUAGUAUUACCAUUUUUUCCUCUACCAACCCAUCCCAUCAUAAAUGUUUUGAAGGCAUCAUCAGCCUCUGUUUUUAGUUAUACUUACAUAUUUGGUGUUGUAAAAUCUUUUGACUUCAGAAGAUUUGGUAUAAUCAAAGUCAUUUUGCUUGCAAUUGGAUCAUACCUACUGCUGCCAUUUACGGGUAUACUUCAAUCAAUCAUAGCAAUCCGAUGUAUAUUUGGGAGAAAAGAUCAAUUUUAUAUUGUAAAUAAAAAUAUGAAAGAUGCAAUAAGUUUGCAAAAAGUAUAAUAACUUUUUGCUCAUUUGUUGUAUGAUUGUAAAUGUGUAA